CUCUAUCCAUCUAUCUAUCUAUCUAUCUGUGUUUUUCUGAACGUCCAUUUUAAACUGAAGAGGAAGAAGAAGAAGAAGAAGAAGAAGGAGAAGAAGGAGAAGGAGAUCGGACAAGAGUCACGGUUACGAAGGUGCAAAAGAGAAGGAAGAGAAGAAAGAAGAAAAAAAACGAAGGGUGGCGAAGUGAGAGAGAGAGAGAGAGAGAGAGAGAGAGAGAGAAAGAGCGUGAGCGAGCGAGCGAGGAAAAGAGAGGAGAGGAGAGGAGAGAAAGGAAAAAAGUUUUCUGAAGCGUUCGCGAACGCCUCUUCUUUUCAGUGUGUUUAAAACCGUCUCGACGAGCUUACGGUGGAAUAAAAAGAGAGCGAAGGAACGAUCGAUCCAAAGAAAGAAAGGGCCGUGCAUGUUUAGCUGUGGACUAUGGCAAGGAUCCGUAGUCGCCAGACUAUCAUGAUUCUCGGUUAUCUCGCGAUCGGCAUAGUGCUCGCGCAGAAUCCUGUCGACGAGAAGACGACCUUCGAGGCUGCUUUUCAAGGAAGAUGCGGGCGUAGAUCUCCCUGCGAGCAUCUUUGCUACGAACUUCACGACGGGAUGUAUGAAUGUGACUGCAGGGACGGCUACAUACUUCAUAAGAAUGGAUAUAGUUGUGCCGAACUCAAUGCGACGUCACCGUCUACCAGCGAAUUCGGAGAACUCGUCGACGAUAUGGAGAGAGACGAAUUGAACUUAGAAACGGACGAGGACGAAGAUGCGGUCGAAGAUAUUCUUUAUAUGCGUGGUGCAUCGUUCACGAUACAUCUGGAUCAACCGAACGAGAACUCGACGACAAAUGGAACAAAAGUGAACGGGCAAUUCAAUGGGACGUCCAAUACGCCGGACUUUGGUCUUCCUACCGUUUCUCUUCAGGUACCAAGCACGACGCGGAAAUCAUCAACGAGAUCGUGGUCAACGAGCGAGCUAGGUAGUAGUACUAUAGCAAGUACCGAAGCAACCUGUACCUUGGAUUGUGGACCCGGUAAUUGUUUCGUUGAGCCGUCCCUCGAUGAAGACAUUCGGGUGGUAUUAGUUGCCGAGAGAAAUGGAAGCAACGAGGAUGGAUCGAUGACUAUGGAUCUCGAGGGCAACAGCGUAGCUCUUAGACAGCAGAAGGAAGGCAACUCCUUCAGGCAGAGGUGUCAAUGCCCUCUUGGUAGAGGCGGCGAUCGAUGUCAGCUUGAAGUCGAAGUGAGAUCACCGAGGUUUACGGGGUCAGGUUGGUUGGCAUUUCCAGCGCUAAGGGCGGCUUACAAGCACGUACAAUUAGAGUUAGAAUUUCGGCCGGAAGCAUGGGACGGUGUACUGCUUCUUGCUGGCGAACGAGACGAUCUCCAAGGUGAUUUUAUGGCCCUUAUAUUGCAUCACGGUUUUAUCGAGUUCAGGUUCGAUUGCGGAAGUGGCGCGGGUACCGUGAGAAGCACGCAAACGGUGAAGCUCAACGAGUGGAACACUUUGAGCGUCUAUCGGCAUCGUUGGGACGCCUGGAUACAGCUGAAUCAGGAAAAGCGUGUGCAAGGAAGAUCGGAGGGCUUAUUUUCGAGGAUUACCUUCCGCGAGCCCCUCUUCGUUGGUGGACCGGGAAAUACGAGCGGCCUCGAGAGGCUCCCAGUGAGAACUGGAUUCAAGGGUUGCAUCCGACAUUUGGAGGCGAACGAGCACCGUUACCGUUUCCCCUUGGCACCCCAGGGUGACGCAGCCAAUGGUUUCGACGUUGAGGAAUGCACGGCGGAUAGGUGCAGCAAAGUGCCAUGCGCUCAUGGUGGAAAAUGUCUGACAACCGGGGGUGACACUGCAGUGUGUCUCUGUCCUCUUGGAUACACCGGUGAUCUCUGUGAGACUAGAGUAGACCUUCAGGUACCAUCGUUUAAUGGGUCAUCCUAUUUACGUUAUCCAGGACUAGGUGAUACUUCACUCUCCUGGUUAGAAUUAUCUGUGACCUUAAAGCCUACGGCUCCCGACGGUGUAAUCAUUUACAAUGGGCAUCACAGCGAUGCUUCCGGUGAUUUUAUCGCACUUUAUCUUUCUUCGGGAUACGUACAUUUCACCUUCGAUUUAGGAACUGGAGCAGCUACCUUAAGAAGCGACAGCCCAGUUCAUUUAGGGGAAUGGUUAGAAAUCAAAGUGUCGAGGACUGGUCGUUUGGCGUCUCUCAAAGUCGAGGACGAUCCGCUACGAGAGAUUUUGGCACCAGGCGCAUACACGCAAUUAUUUUUACCAUUGAAUCUGUACCUCGGUGGUGCACCAUCGCCCGAUCUCUAUUCGCUCAAACUUAAAACAACGAGCAGCUUCGUCGGUUGCAUUCAAAGCGUCAUUCUUAAUCGGCGCGAGAUCGGUAUCUUGGCUGAGGCCUUGGGUGGUAUGAACGUUGGAAAUUGUGGUCACGCCUGCGAGGCCAGGCCUUGCGGAGACGCUGAAUGUCGACCUCUGCGAGAUCGAUUCACCUGUCGAUGCCACGCCGGUGUACCCCAUCCAUGCCCAGCUUUGGAUGAUUAUACGUUGUUAACGUCGGUGCGUGGUAAUAACGUCAACGUACCACCACCGACGAUAUUUAAAAAUUCUGUGCCUAGUUUUACUGGAAGCGAAAGUUAUCUUCAUUAUAAUGACGCUGACACUAUGAAGAGGAUAAUAAGCUACAGAGUCGAUAUCAAUAUGAGAUUCCGAGCGAGCAGUAGCAGUGGGUUGUUACUUUGGAGCGGUCGACAUUCGGAGCCUCAGGAACAGAAGGACAAAAACGACGAUUUCCUUGCUCUUGGUUUGAAUCAGGGUUAUUUGACAUUGGCGUAUAACCUUGGCUCGGGCGAAGCUAUCUUGAGAUAUAAUCUUACGAGGUUGGACGACGAUUUGUGGCAUCGUGUUAGAGCAGUCAGAAACGAGCAAUGGGCGUCGCUCGUGGUGGACAGUGGUACAGGCGUAUCGGCAUCGUCGCCAGGUCAAUUGAGACAAUUAAACACGGACACAGGAUUAUACGUAGGUGGUGCGCCAGAUAUCGUAAAGACAACAGGUGGAAGAUACACGAAGGGUAUCGUAGGAUGCAUCAGCGAUCUGAUAUUAGACUCGGAUUUGUCGGUACCAUUGUCGUCACCAGGACAAGCGACCAAUACGCAUUCGUGCAUUCCUUGAAAGAGAACCAUGCCGUUCACCUUCGAAAUGGUAGGGCCUUUCGUAGACUAUAUUUAGGAUAUGAAAAGAAUUUAUUACCAAAAAAUACUUGACUCGACUUGACUCGACUUGAGUUGACUCGACUUCACUUGACUUGACUUGAAUUGACUUGACAUGACGACGACAAGGAGUCAAGGUCAAAGUAUUACGACCAUAACGGAGCUCUCUCUUUCUGUCUCUCUUUCUCUCUCUCUCUCUCUCUCUCUCUCUCUCUCUCUCUCUCUCUCUCUCUCUCUCUCUCUCUGUCUAUCUCUGUUUUCCUCAUUUUUAUAAUUCUUUAUCGCACGUAGAGAGCUUCUGAUCUGAAAUAUCUAUCAAGCUAGAAUUAUAUGCAAAAAAGUAUAUGUUUGACGCGUCGAUAUUAAAUAAAAAAAAAAAAUAAAAAAAUAAAAAAAAUAUAUAUUAUAUAUACAUAUAUAUAUAUAUGGUCGUAAUACUUUGACACCCGUCGAUCGUCUAGCUAUUUAUUUAUUUAUUUUUUUUUAUAUUCUCCGUGAUGACCUCCUAUUGGUCCGGUUAAAAAAAAAUCAUAGUUACCAAAACGUCAAAUCCACGGAGCUAUUAUUUUCUUUUUUUCUUUUCUGUCAUAUCUCGUUUCUCCUUUCAUUAUCUUUCUUUUUUAUUUCUUUAUUUUUGUUUUCGAUUUUUGUUCUCUUUCUUUUUUCGUUCCUUGUUUUCUCCCUUUGACGUAAUACUCCUUCGAGAAUGAUCGCGUUGAUAAUACGAGCAGCAAGUUUGUUAGAUAAGGAUCGUGAACGUUUCGUAACGGUAAAAGGACACGAACAUUCGAACUAUACUUCAAACUACAACUUUCUGGUACACGAGGCGCAAGGGUUCGUGGGCCUAAUAGAAAAAAAAAAGAAAAAAAGAAAAAAAAGAAAAGAAAAGAACAAAGAGGAAGAAUAAAUAAAAAAUAAAUAGAAGAAAAAAAGGAAAAAGAAUAUAAGCGAGGAAAAGAGGAAAAUGGGAAGAGGAAUAAUGAAAUAAUACGGUGUAGGCAGGACAGAGAAAUCCCUCCAAUGUCAAUUUUUAUUAAACGCCCUCGUACACCGGUAAAGGUAAAGGAUACUUCGAUGAAGAUGAAGAAUAAACGAAGGAAGAGGAUGAAGGAGGACGAACGAGAAAAGUAAAGUCAAGAAAAAUAAUUAAAUGGAACAAGGAAGAAUAAAAAAUACUCGCGUCGUUUCAGGGUCAUCGAAUACAUACAUAUAUAAAUACAUAUAAUACAUAGAAAUAUAUGUAUAAUAUAUGUUUGUGUGUGUGUGUGUUUAUGUGUGUGUAUGUGUGUGUGUGUGUGUACGUGUAUUUGACAGAAUAGAAUUUUUCUUGGCACGUAUAUACAUACUUACGUAUAUACAUAGGUACGUACGUAUUGCCAGUUAUAUUCCACACACACCAACGACGAUGAUAACGAUUACGAUAACGACGACUACGAUUAUGAUUAUGAUUAUGAUUAUGAUUAUGAUUAGGGCGACUAUGACGACGACGAUGAUCUUUUUAUCGACGUAGAAUUUUUACGACACAAAUUUUCAUACCGAUUAAGAAGGGUAUACACCUACAUAAACGCGUUCAUAGUUCUUCGUACAUAAAUGAAUAAAUAGAUGCAUACAUAAAUACAUACAUACAUACAUACAUACAUAUACACAUACAUAUAUACAUACAUAGAUACAUACGUACGUACGUACAUACAAGUACAACUUUUUCGGUUUUAUAACGUUUAAUGAAGCGUGUCAUUGCGAUCGCUCUAAUCGCCGUUUAACGAAGAAAAGCAAAAGAAAAUAAUAAUAAAGAAAAUAAAAAGAAAGAAGGAAAGAAACAACAAAGAUCCUGAUCCGUGUAGGAGAAAAUAUAUAUUACUAUAUACAUACACGAUGGACCAAAAAAUAUUCGAUCAUCCUAGCAUCGGAAUGAUAGAUGGAAUAAAGAUCGGUGAUUACGUUUACGAGAAAGAGAAGGGGAUAGUUCGUUGUCGAUACUAUUAUAGAAAGAAAAGAGAGAGACAUAAAAAGAAA